AACGGAUCAUAGACAAGAGAGAAGGUCGCGGAUCAUGAAUUCCACCUUGUCUUCAUCAUCCUUUGCAUAAUCCCAGCCCGGAAUUCUGGUGGAAAAGGAGGCCGAUUGAAUGUGAAUGAGCAUCUGUUGAUCAGCUGAUAACCAACUUUUUCCGUCCCCAUCUCCGCAUAAGCUUUUUGGAGCUUUCGAAGUGGCGUGACUCCGUUGUGGAAAGUCCUUGAAAGUUUCAGCGCCAGACGCUGCAUUGAAAGAUCCGGUCUCCUCGACAUGGCUCCAGGGCGGGGAGUUUUGCUGCAGGCCUUUUGGCUAGCAGCAUUGUUCGCCUGCGCAACUGCAAACCUCUCACCUCAGCAGCAGUUUCAACAGCAGCAGCUCAUCAAGCAGCAGCAGGCCUUGCACUGUGAAACCAUCCGGUUGCAGAACCAAGCCACGGCACUCCAUUCGCUUCCCGCAUGUGGUGGCUUUGCAGACUUCGACUUUGCGAAUUUCACGAGCACUAAGGCGGAGUUUGGCAACUUCUGUGCUUGGUACUGUUCUGUGCACCAAGGAGUUGUGGACUGGCAAGAGAAGGCCUUCUAUGCCACAAACUUUGGGAAGAGGUGUGCAGCUCCGGUGGAUACGGACCUCGACGUGAUUGCGGCAUACUGGUGUACCACUGCCGCUGAUGGCAGCUACUGCUUCAAGAACCUCUUCAGCGACGCAGUGAAGGGCGUCCCGACCUGUGCUGCGAUCCGGAGCCUGGAUGUGCAAUGCACAUACCAGCUGAAGGAGGUUUUGGACAUCUUUGCGAGCCCGUCGCUGCGCCAGGGCUUCCAAAAUUACUUCAACCAGUGCAACGUUGCAUACCCUCUCUCAGCCCCUGCUCCUAUUCCCCUGGCUGGAGCAAAGAUCCCCCCUUCCCCUGUCUUUAGCGAGCCGGCCGUCAACUUUGUCAGUGGGGGCCAGAGUUGCCCUGACGGAAGUGCCCCCCGGGCGUGCACGGAGCUCGACUGUGCCCGGUCAUCGUGUCCUCGGUACCCUGGGUCUCAGUGUGUGGCUGACCAGUGCGACAAGUGCCUGCCAAACUACAACGAGCAGGUCGGCGUUCCCGGCGACCUGUUUGGCUGGGGCGUUAACUGCACCUGCCCCGACGGCAGCCUGCCGCAAACUUGCUCCCCCUCCCCUUGCUCCCUCCUCACGUGCCCCGCCUUUCCCAACGCCUAUUGCCUGGUUGACACGUGUUACGGCUGCAACGCCGUCUUCAUGGUCAACGGGACGGAGGUCGACUGCGGCGUGCAGACAAAGUUCCCGGGAGCAAACGCAACGGUGCCGGUCGCUACCGUUGCCGCGCAAGUGAUCCCGGCUUCGUUGGGCGCAGCGAGCCUGCCGAAGAGCGGGAAGCAGACGAGCGGGACGACCUCAUACGCCCCUCCUCCAAAGCCCGCCGUCGUGAACCCGUUCGCUGCGGGCCAGACGUGCCCCAACGGCCAAGCCCCUCCCGUAACCCCCCCAGCAAGCCCCUGCAACGCCUCCGUCUGCUCACAGCCGCUGUGCGGACGCUACCCAACGGCGCAGUGUGUGGCGGACGCGUGCGAUGGCUGCAAGGCCAAGUACAACCUCAAUGUGGGCCUACCAAACGACUACGUGGGUUGGGAGGUCACCGCCAGCUGUCCCUGCCCCGACGGCUCGGCGCCCUUCACCAAAGCAACCGGUCGCCCGUGCAUCCCGGACCCGUGCGCGUUCCUUAAGUGCCAAAACUUCCCGACCGCCUUCUGCAUCUCCGACCUCUGCGGCGGCUGCAACGCCGUCUUUCUGGUGAACGGCCAAGAGGUGGACUGCGGGAACCAGGUCCGCUUCCCAGGGAACGUCACCGGGACGUCAACAAUCCAAGCAACGGUUUCGCCAACCCUCCCAGUCAUAACCUCCGCGCUCGCCCCCUCCCCCGCCCCCGCAAACAGCAGCGACGUUCUAGCCCGGACGGCCACCCUGGUGGCCGCCCUCCAGCAAGGCAACCUGACAGCGGUCCUCCCCCUGGUGACAAACACCAGUAUCCUGUACGCGCCGAACUUGCCGGGACCUUUGGGGUACGGCAACGUGACCGUUUUGGCGCCCUUCCUAAGCGCAGUAAAGGGCAAUGUGUCCAGCCCCGUCCUGAAGAGCCUCUUCAAGGUCGACCCCACGUCCGUACUGGUCACCGAAGAGUUCCCGGCAAACGCGCUAGGGAACAUGUACGCUACGCUUUUGUGGGUGUAUACCAACAGAACCGUUAAUGGCAGCGCAGCCUCUGGUUCCAGCAACUGGCAGCUGCAAUAUGCUGCGCUGACCCCGGCCCCCAACGGAACCACUUCGUGAUAAAGCGGACCGUAACGACUGCAGGAUAAAGUGAGGAGUAGGUGCAAUAGGACCGCCUAACUUAUCCCGGAAUCGUCAUAGGAGCUGUAGCUUUCUGCGGGUGUAUCAUAUGUACGGCUUGCGCAAGUUUGACAAGAGUCUGAUUGCACUAAUCGCCCUUUGUAGAACUACGUGCCCACAGAUCGCUGUUGCAGACGUUUGACGUAGAUCUCUGUAGAGCUGAUAGGGAUUAGCCGUGUGAUCACCGUGCUGAUUUAUCGGUGUAUCAAGUCCCAUUCAAAGAUAGAGCGACUGUACGUGUAGGACCGACGACUUACGCGUGCUGGCGGCCCAGCGUAGAAGUCAGCCCCCUAGAGGAUACCGUACGAUGAUGUUCAACCCUUGAACGCAAAACCAUGCAUGCAACAAAAAUUUUACUGACUCGGCCU